CGUCCCGCAGUGGGAGCGCCCGCCAUCUUGGAGGCGAGAGGGGAGCAGCGAGGCAGAGCGGGAGGGCGCCUCCUCCUCCUCCUCCUCCUGGUUGGGUCGCCAUGGCAACCACUACUGCUAGCCAAGAAAUGGCCUCAGAUGUUUCCUCUUUGGGUUCACCAUCUGGGACCUCAGGAGCACAUUCUGGAGGAGGCAUCGUCCAGAGAACAAACAAGCGGAGGACAGGGCUCGAUUUUGACGACGACGGCGAAGGGAACAGCAAAUUUCUCAGAUGCGACGACGACCAACUCCCAAAUGACAAAGAGAGGUUUGCAAGGUCGGAUGAUGAACAGAGUUCAGCGGAUAAGGAAAGACUGGCCAGGGAGAACCACAGCGAGAUCGAGCGCCGGAGGAGGAACAAGAUGACAGCCUACAUCACGGAGCUCUCGGACAUGGUGCCCACCUGCAGCGCCUUGGCUCGCAAGCCGGACAAGCUCACCAUCCUCCGCAUGGCCGUCUCACACAUGAAGUCCCUUCGCGGUACCGGCAACACUUCCACCGACGGCACCUACAAGCCGUCCUUCCUCACCGACCAGGAGCUCAAGCAUUUGAUCCUGGAAGCCGCCGACGGGUUCUUAUUCAUUGUCUCCUGCGAGACGGGCCGGGUGGUCUACGUCUCGGACUCGGUGACGCCCGUCCUGAACCAGCCCCAGUCGGAGUGGUUUGGCAGCACCCUCUAUGAGCAGGUUCACCCGGAUGAUGUGGAUAAGCUGCGGGAACAGCUCUCCACCUCGGAGAAUGCGCUUACCGGCCGUAUUCUCGAUCUCAAGACGGGGACGGUCAAGAAGGAAGGCCAGCAAUCCAUGAGGAUGUGCAUGGGCUCGCGGAGGUCCUUCAUAUGCCGCAUGAGAUGUGGCACAGCCGCUGUCGACCCUGUCUCCAUGAACCGCCUCAGCUUCAUCAGGAACCGGUGCAGGAAUGGUCUGGGCGCUGUGAAGGAAGGUGAACCCCAUUUUGUUGUGGUGCAUUGUACAGGAUACAUCAAGGCCUGGCCGCCCGCAGGUGUUUCGCUACCAGAUGACGACCCGGACGCCGGCCAGGGAAGCAAAUUUUGCCUGGUAGCCAUCGGCAGGCUGCAGGUCACCAGCUCACCCAGCUGCGCCGACAUGAACACCGUUUGCCAGCCGACCGAGUUCAUCUCCCGCCACAACACCGACGGGAUCUUCACCUUUGUGGACCACCGCUGCGUGGCCACCGUUGGCUACCAACCCCAGGAACUCUUAGGGAAGGACAUUGUGGAGUUCUGCCACCCUGAGGACCAGCAGCUUUUGAAGGACAGUUUCCAACAGGUGGUAAAGUUAAAAGGCCAGGUUCUGUCCGUCAUGUUCCGCUUCCGGUCCAAGAACCGAGAAUGGCUCUGGAUGCGCACUAGCUCCUUCACCUUCCAGAAUCCGUACUCGGACGAGAUCGAGUACAUCAUCUGUACCAACACCAACGUGAAGAACGCCGGCCAGGAGUCGCGGCCUUCCUUGUCGAACCCAAUGCAGAGGCCCCAGCUGGGCCAUGGCGCCAACUUGCCUUUGGAGAUGGGUCCCAGGCAACAAGCAACUCAGCCGGCAGAGCUCGACGUGGUCCCAGGAAGGGAGGCAUUGGCCAGUUAUGACCACACGCAGGCCACGGUUCAGCCAGUGGCCCCCGGUGGCCCCGAACACAGCAAACCUCUGGAGAAGACGGAGACCCUGUUUGGGCAAGAGCGGGACCCUCGUUUCAAUGAAAUCUACAGCAGCAUUAGCACAGACCAACCGAAAGCCAUCUCUUCCAGCGCGGUGCCGGCCAGCCAGUCCCUCUUCUCCCAGGGAAGCACUUUCGUCCCUUCCCGGCCUCCGGAGAACUUCAGGAGCAGCGCUAUGGUGCCUCCCGCGAACGUCAUCCCGCAACCGCCGCAGCCUCAGCAGCCUUCACCACACGCCGGUUCCGCGGGGCAGAUCCUGGCCCAGAUCUCUCGCCACUCGAACCCGGAACCGGUCUCAGGGAGCACCUGGGCUUCGGGAACGCGACCCUCUUUCACGGCCCAGCAAGUCGCUUCUCAGGCCAUCAAGACCCGGGCCCCAUCCUUUGCCAUGGGCAGCUUCCAAUCGGCCCCGUCUUCCUUCAGCCCCAUGUCGACCCCUGGGUCCACGGCAUCACCGAGUGGGACGGCAACGUACCCGAGCCUUGCCGGUCGGAAUACCACCUUUGCGGGUGAGAGCGGUCAGACGCCAGCACAGUUCCAGACUCGGACGGCGGAUAACGUUUGGCCUCAGUGGCAGAGUCAGCACCACGGACAGAGCCCUGGACAGCCCCCGCCAAACCAGUCAGAAGUCUUCCCGGACAUGCUGUCCAUGCUGGGAGACCAAGGAGCGAGCUACAAUAGCGAGGAGUUCCCCGAGUUGAACAUGUUCCCUCCCUUUUCGGAAUGAGGAAGACGAGCACCGGUUCACACGGACCGCCGUUGGUCCUGUCCAUCGCUUCCUUCGUUCCCUCGGACUCCUUUCAGAGACGGUUGACGUGCUUCCUCGUGCCGGAAGAACCAAAUUGCUCAGCGAAACGUUGCUGGUGGAGGACGAGCUGUACGCGGGUUGAUGCUACUCAUUGGACCUCCAUUUUGGAGAGCGUCGAAACCCAACGGAGACGAGGAACUGUUCCCUGCACUGGACACACGAGGGAUAUACGAUCAUCAGGGAUUUUUUUAAUUUUUAAUUUUGUGAACGAAAUACCCACUUCUAUGCCAUAACCUUUUAUAUAUACACAAACACACAUAUACAUAUAUAUAUAUAUAUUAUGAAAAAAAAUGUUGUAUUCUUGUGUAUCCACGGCAAGUGAUGGAGAAGGACGAUCGACGUCGAACUCUGUGUCCACUACGGUCUAGCCACACAUCAGAAUAUACACUUCCCUUGGUCUUGCUAUUUUCGUGGCUACCCUUCUUCCUCCUUCGUACGCACUUUACGGGGGCGGCGUGCACAUUUUUCAAGCCAUAAGGAGCUCAGAAUCGUCCUGUUUACAAAAUAUUUUUCUGCCGUUCAUCAUGCGAAAAGUCCGAUUGCUUCACCUCCAUCUUGUCAGCUUCCCAUUUCCAUGCAGACUGCGGUUCGGAAACAAACUCUUUGCACCCUUUUGCAUUUUUUUCCGAACGGAUUUGCAAGGCAGGAAAAAUAAGGAGAGAGAUCAGUCUGGAAACCAAGCUCAGCUUAAAGCGUUGAGUCUAUUUAGCCUUCCGGAAAGACGGUUAAGAGAAGGAGUCGCAAGAACCAUCUUUAAAUAUUUGAAAAAGUGUCUUCUGCUGCCCUGGAGACUAGGAUUUGGAGCAAUGAGUUCAGUUGACAUUAGCUUCCUGACUAAAAGGUGUUCAAUGGUGGAACUCUCUGCCUUGGAGUCUGAUGGAAGCUCCUCCUUUAGAGGUUUGGAUAGCCGCCUGUUGGGGGUAACUUUGCGCUUUUCCUGCAGGGCAGAAAGGAGUUGGGCUGGAUGGCCUCUGGGGUCUCUUCCAACUCUAGGAUUCUGUCUCUUUCCUUCUCUGGAGGAUUUUAAGCAGAGGUUGGAAGGCUCUCUGUCAGGAGGGCUUGGAUUGUGUCUUCCUGCCUGGCAGAAGGGGGCUGGACUCCAGGUUUUGCAGUCUGGAUUGAUGUCCGUCUGUCAGGAAGAGUCAGAUUGUGUCUUCCUGCCUGGCAAAAGGAGGUUGGGCUCCAGGUUUUGCAGUCUGAAUGGAUGACCAUCUUUUAGGAAGGGUCAGAUUGUAUCUUCCUGCCUGGCAGAAGGGGGUUGGGCUCCAGGAUUUGCAGUCUGGAUGGAUGACCAUCUGUCAGGAAGAGUCAGAUUGUGUCUUCUUGGCUGGCAGAAGGGGGUUGGACUCCAGGAUUUGCAGUCUGGAUGGAUGACCAUCUGUCAGGAAGGAUGAGAUUGUGUCUUCCUAGCUAGCAGAAGGGGGUUGGGCUUCAGGACUUGCAGUCUGGAUGGAUGACCAUCUGUCAGGAAGGGUCGGAUUGUGUCUUCCUGGCUGGCAGAAGGGGGUUGGACUCUAGGAUUUGCAGUCUGGAUGAAUGACCAUCUGUCAGGAAGAGUUAGAUUGUGUCCUCCUGGUUGUCAGAAAGGAGUUAGACUCCAGGAUUUGCAGUCUGGAUGGUUGACCAUCUCUUAGGAUGGGUCAGAUUAUGUCUUCCUGGCUGGCAGAAAAGGGUUGGGCUCCAGGAUUUGCAGUCUGGAUGGAUGACCAUCUCUUAGGAAGGGUUGAAUUAUGUCUUCCUGAUUGACAGAAAGGGGUUGGACUCCAGGAUUUGCAGUCUGGAUGAGUGACCAUCUGCCAGGAAGAGUCAGAUUGUGUCUUCCUGCCUGGCAGAAAGGGGUUGGCCUCCAGGAUUUGCAGUCUGGAUGGAUGACCAUCUC